UUGAAGGCGUAAGAACGUUAUCCAGAGUUUUGCAGCUUUGGUACCGUUUCGUGACUUGCGUGACACACAGGGAACCCAACAACAAGAGGUGGCCUGGGAACUUAGUGGAAUCAAAAUGGCGGACGAAGCGGUGCUUGUUUGGUGUGACGUGCGUAAAAAUAUUGGCGUUUUACAAUUUAUACUUGGGUUAAGAGAACCAGGAAAGGCGGAUAAUAAUAAUCCUGAGUGUAUUAAUGCAGAAGCCGUUGAAAUAACAGUGAAAAGGGAUGGUGUCGUUGUGAAAAAGAAUGAAGAAUUAAAUGGACAAUCGAGUAAAGGGAAAAAAGCAACAAAGUCUUCGAAGCAAUGUCGUAUUUUAUUUCAAGAUGUAAUAAUAGAUCCUUUGAGUUGCAAUGGGCUGUCUCUAGUACAGGACAAAGAGCUUCAAAUGAGACUAAGAAUAAGCAUAGAUGACUCAUCUAGUGUGCCAAAUAUAUUCUCACAAACAAAUGAAUAUGACGUACAACUGGAUGAAGAAAGACAAGGUCUAAAGAGGAGACCUGUAGAGAUGCGCUGUAAAAUGUGUUUGGAUAGCAUUACCGAAAACAUGCAAUUUGAUAGGGUUCUUGAAUUGCCAUCAGAACUAUGGCAACAGACAUCUCUAAAUCUUUGUUGCCAUGGCACUGUAACCAAUCUGCCGUCACUACAAGAAGGAUCAUUAAACCCUGCCGAGACAGACUGUUUACUGGGCAGUUAUUUUAUUUUACUUCAUGUGAAUGCCUUCAAAUCAAAACAUCUAGAUUCUAUGGGUAGUAGAGUCAUCAAGUGUCACAGAUGUGGCUGGUCUAUAGGCGAUUUAGUUCUGCAACACGACGGCAGCAGUGAAUUUCAAGUCAAGUGCGUAAGAAUCAACAAACAUGCAGUAACAACUUCUUUGGGUGUUGAUAAUAUCUUUAGAGAAUAUACCACAGAGCUGUACUUGUCCAGGUUGUUGCUGUCUAAGCUACAAGGAAGAGUGAACUUCAAAUUCCUGGUCAAAAGUGCAAGAGAGAAAGAAACUAGGCAAUCCUGUGCAAUAUUAUGGAUUCUCAAUUCUAAUGCUGCAGUUCUUACAAAUGUACCCAAUAAAUACAUAGAUGGUUGUAUUAUUGAUAAAAGUAACGAGAAUAGCAAAGAAAUGAAAGCUAAGUUAAUGAAAGGAGUGAAGAUUUUAUACAAGGUUUUUCUGAGCAGUACAGAUGAAGAAAUUAAAAUUCUACCAGGAAGAUCAACUAUGGAGACAUUAGACUUACCACAAGAAGAGUUCUUUCAACUUGUCCUUCUUCUUACUUCAAGUACACACACCAUGCCACCAUCACAACGAAAAGUAGACGAGUUUACUGUUGGUUAUCUGAAGACUUGAUGCACAGACAAUGAAACCAAAACCAAAAGACUGUGAAAUAUUUUUUAUUUCAAAUAUAUAAAUACCUAUGGAUUCAUGAUUAGUGUUUAUAACAAUCAACCCC